AUGGAGUGCUACGUGCCCAACAACCCACAGUUCGGGGAGUGUUGCCACUCCCUGUGCUGCGACCCGUUGCAGCCUUGCUCCUGUCAGCUACAGGAUCUGCCGAGCGACUGCUGCCAGCAGGAACCGGGCAACUGCUGCCCCGAUGGCGAGGACCUGAACCUAGGCGAGGGCAUCCCGCCCUGCGAGGCGGCUCUGGGCGACGCGGCCGACGGCUGGGCGGAGCCCGACAUGGGAUCCUUCUCGCUGCCGCCGCUGGAGCUCGACCCACUGCCUUCGCUGUUCCCCUUCUCACCCUGCUCGGGAUACAAUCGGAGCGCCGGGGCGGAGUGCCGCGAGAGGGGCGGUGACGCAGCUGACGUCCUACUCUCCCUCAAGCACGCCGUGGUCCACGACUGCGCCGAGGGCGGACACCCUCAGAUGAUGGUGAACGGCUCCGGUGGCUACCCGUACUACGAGCACUACGGCGGGGCGCCACUCUUCCCAACCAUGAGUGUCAACGUCUCCAUGAACAUGACGAUGCACGGCUGUCCCCCCGACCAGCUGUGUUCCCAGGUGCAAUGGAACCAGAACGCAGCCACACCAUCUGUGAACGUGGUGUACCCUCCAACUCAGAACGUGAUACCAACAUCCUACCCCUCGGCCACUUAUUCCUUCACAGCGGACUUCAGACCUCCAAACCAAUCUGACCCACUGAUAACAGCCUCCUCGACCUUCAAGCCGAUCCAGCUACAGAACCCACAGAAGACAAACCCCAAUUACCUGUUCCAGCAGAAGCCUUUUUCAGCCCAAAAGACCAUGGGACCAGUUCUAAAGAAGUCGCCGUCCAAAAUGUACGCAGAAGUACCUAAGGAGCAGAUGGGGAAUGGAUAUAUUGUGAACCAGGGGCAGAUGCAUCAAGAUUAUGGGUAUACUACUUGUGUUAGUGGAGGGAAAGUCCAAGUGGGUGCCCUUAGCGGUUGCUCGGAGGACGACGACACUAAGCCAAACCUGUGCAGAAUUUGCGGCAAAACUUACGCAAGACCCAGUACUUUGAAGACUCACCUCCGCACGCACUCCGGCGAGCGGCCCUACCGAUGUCCAGACUGCAACAAGAGCUUCUCGCAAGCUGCCAACCUGACCGCUCAUGUCAGGACACACACGGGGCAGAAGCCUUUUCGGUGCCCGAUCUGCGAUCGAAGGUUCAGCCAGAGCUCCAGCGUCACAACCCACAUGAGGACUCACUCCGGAGAGAGGCCCUACCAGUGUAGAUCGUGUAAGAAGGCUUUCUCGGACAGCUCAACGUUAACAAAACAUCUGCGGAUACACUCGGGGGAGAAGCCCUACCAAUGCAAACUUUGUUUGCUCAGGUUUUCCCAAUCUGGCAAUCUGAAUAGGCAUAUGCGAGUGCAUGGAAAUAUAUCUGGAGGCAUGAUGGGCUGACAUAUUCCGUGUUAUGCCAUGCGUUACAUGCGCAUAAAGUGAAUAUUAUGGGACUGAGACCUAUUUAAGGAAGACCUAGUGCCAAAACUGUGCUGAAGUUUAAAGAAAGUGAUAUUUAAAACAAUAUUUAUAUUUAAGCUGGUUAUAUGUGAGACGGAGAAGUUACAAUUUAUUCGUUAUGAUCAUUUUCCAAGUUUCAGAGAAAAAGUGGAUCUGACCUGAUCAAAUUCUGUCGACAAUUUGCGAGUUAUUUUGACAAAUAUUUGAAAUGGCUUCACUCACCUCACCUUAAUUCGGUGGCGAUAUCGACUAAUUUCAGACCAAUGGGGGUCUUUCAUGAGGGUCGGUGAGAUCAGUUAUCCAGAUUUAGAUAUCACACUUAUGACAUGGAGAAUCAGCAUGACUGCGAUCGCACUGAUUGUUCAAAAGUGAAACCGGUAGUAGUGAC